AUGUCUUCUGCCGGAACCAUAAUAGGUUUCAAAAUUAAAGUGAGACUGCUGAUGGAUGAACGUAAUGAUAUGAUCGUAAUGGAUGGAAUACGACUGAAUAAUCCACAGAAUGCUGAUAAUGAAGAGAAACAUUGGGAAGAAAUAGAACGAUUUCCUCCUGAUUUCAUCCAUCUUUUCCAUCAAGGAUUACUUCUCUCUCUUAAAUUUCGACAAUAUAUGGGUAGUGAUGAGGAAAAGUUUGCAACUAAAAGAAUUUCAAGUUACAUAAGUACGGGUAUUUACUAUACAUUCCACUCAGCAAUGAUAACAUACAAAAAAGGUUGGGUAGCAAGGAAGUGA